AUGCAGAGGAUAUCACGUCUGCUGACUAGAGUAAAAACUACGAGAAAUAUGGCUUCAAGUACUUCUUUGAGUGAAAAACGUGUAAACGUAUUCGGGAGACCCUUACUGAUCCAUUCGGAGGAUCCGAUGACGGGAUUCUUUCGGAAUGGAUACUGUGAUACCAACGCAAGUGACUCUGGAAACCACACUAUCGCCAGCGUCGUCUCAGACAAGUUCCUCGACUAUUCCGCCGCAAAGGGUAAUAACCUCCGCCCGGUUGGGCUAAGGGAUGGGUGCAAGUGGUGCCUAUGUGUGAAUAGAUGGAAGGAGGCAUUCGAUGCUUACAGGAGGGGCGAGGUUUCUAUGGACACAGUCCCGAGGGUUGUACUAGGCUCCACGCAUAUCAGGGCGCUCGAAGGAGGUAUUAGAAUGGACCAACUCGAGGAGUUCAAAUUCGAGGAGAAAAAGUAG